UCUGCCUCACAGUCACGUCUGUCUGCUUGUCACGCGCCCUUAAACCCUGAGCCACCCGCGAGCAUCAGAGGAGUGACGCGCAUUUCUAUGUGCGAGGAUCGAACCUGUCAUCGUGAUCUCUCGGGCCGGUGCGCAGAGGUGAGGUAAGCGCCCGCUGCGCUUGUCUUACCACUUUACUCCCGCAUUCUCGCGCCCAUCAAGAUCUUCAGAAGCCGUUUGAAUGAACUCAUUCAACACUUCUAUGAAGGACUAUGAAGACCACUCGAAAAUGUCGCGCUUUGCUCUCCGUGGGUUUAAAUCUGCUGGCUCUUUUAUUCUCGACAACGGCGUUCAUCACGACCUAUUGGUGCGAAGGGACACAGAGGGUCCCCAAACCCAACUGCAGUAAGGAGAGACGGCAUAAUUGUAUUGACUACGGGGUGAACGAGACGGACCCGAGCAAAGUUCACUAUAGCUGGGAAACAGGUGACGAUCGCUUUCUCUUUAGACAUUUUCACACGGGGAUCUGGUACUCGUGUGAGGAGAAUAUCCACGGAGGAGGUGAGAAAUGCAGGAGUUUUAUUGAUCUGGCCCCUGCGUCUGAGAGAGGUGUCCUUUGGCUGUCAGUAGUGUCUGAGGUGCUAUACAUCAUGUUGCUGGUCGUUGGGUUCAGUCUGAUGUGCUUGGAGCUUUUUCACUCCAGUAAUGUAAUCGAUGGACUCAAACUGAAUGCCUUCGCCGCAGUCUUCACUGUGCUGUCAGGGCUCCUGGGGAUGGUUGCUCACAUGAUGUACACGCAGGUCUUCCAGAUCACAGUCAGUUUAGGCCCAGAGGACUGGAGGCCACACACAUGGGACUACGGAUGGUCCUUCUGCAUGGCCUGGGGCUCCUUCACCUGCUGCAUGGCUGCGUCAGUCACCACCCUUAACUCCUACACAAAGACGGUGAUUGAGUUCAGACACAAACGGAAGCUCUUCGAGCAGGGCCUGCGGGAGGAGCAGACCUUUUUGGACCCAGAGGCCUUUCAUUAUUUCCGUGACAGAUCGGUCCAGUCCAUCUCCAGCUCGGUAGACGUUUACCCAAGCCACCCGAGCAGUCAUGGGAGCAGUCGUGGGAAAAUGAGGUCCCCGCCGGCCCCGUUGGACCAGGGGGACAACACGGAGUCUUUGGGAGAGGAACAAUGCUGAGUUGAGAUGCAUCCGGUACUGCACUGGUGGCCUUGGCAUUGACUGGAGAGCUUGAACGGCUCAAAUGGACUGAGGUGCAGGGGCUGGUCGAAGUAUUGUUAUUAUUUUUUUAACAUGCAGUUCAGUUUAUGCAGGACGCUCAUAAAUAAUUGUGUGAGGCGUGAGAUUAGCAAACUGGGCCUUAGCAAAAUCUUUGAUUGUAAAUAUAAUUGUAGAUGGAAUAGCUGAGGUAGGCAGAGGCAAAUGGGUAGCAAACUUACACUGCCGUAAGGACUGAGCAGCCUCAAAGUUUUGUAAGGUGCUAGAACUGAAUCUGCUGUAUAAGCAGGGCUAGGAAUUUGAGCUUUGACCAUGUUUAUAUUCAUCAUUGGUGAAGGUGCCCUGAAGGUUAGACUUGUUCCUAAUUAUUUACUGGUCUUAUAGAGUCUGUGAAAUGUCCUCCUCCCUUGGUGAGAUCUGCUUGAAUAUGCUUUGAUGUUAAAAACAGCAGAGUAGUUUAAAUCCUGCCUUCAAUACUGCUGCAGGUGAACGCAGAAGCACAGUCCUUUUCAGCUGCCAAGUCUACUCCGCACUUGGAAUUGCCUGUUUCUGUCUUUGUGGUAUAUUACUGGGUUGGUUAGCAGCUGUCAAUGACAAUAUUGUAACUCCCCCUUCACUUUUUGUAAUAUUUGAGCAUCUUUCUAUUGUUAAAGGAAUAGUUCACCACAAAUGAACUGUCAUUAUUUACUCGCCGUCAAUUUUGUUUUAAAUCCAUGUGCCGUUAUAUGGUAAAAAACUCCAAAAGUGGAUUUUCACACUCCUUAUAGCACACAACCAGCUGGCAAACGUUUCUUUGAUGUCUGCAUUUACAUCUGCAAGACAUAGUUUGCUUAUCUGCAAUACGUCUCAUAGAUGUCUGCUGUCAGAUGUCAUAGACAUCAAGAAGACGUCUGUAAGAUGUUUAUGAUUUAGAAUGGUUGUAAAACUGCUCUUUCUAAGAUAUUUAGCAGACGUCUUGGAGACAUACCUGUGCUAGCCGGGAAAGAACACUAUAUACAGCUUACGUGUAAAGUCGCAACAUGAUUGGACAGCUUUUAUAUUUUAAAACAGAACUCACCGGACAUCCACAAUAAUGCUGUGUGCUUAGUUAUACAUGCUCAGUGUAUGCCUGCGCAUAUGAGGGUAUUUUUAGCAAGCCGAUAACCCGCCAAUACCUCACAAAGUGUUUAAAGCAGUCAAAUGGCGCCAGGAUUUCCUCCGUUACAUGCGCAAGCACAGAUCUAAUGACCACUUUUUUGAAUUGCCAAAUCACUUUAUUUUCAGGUCAUGUAUUGUUAUCACUUCCUGUAUUUGGUUCGGUUUAAUCAUGCUUUUGGUCCGUGUUGCGUUCAUAUUUCAAUCAAACCGCAUCAGAGUUCGUUUGAAAGUGGACCAAGACCCAUAUUUUCAGCGGUCUAGGUGAAAGUUCAUUCUGGUUCUCACAUUGUACCUCACUAGAGAAUAUUUAUAAUCCACAGAAAAAACAGCAAAUGAAUUUAAAACAAGAUGAAAUGAGGUAAAGGACAAGUGUUUUGGGCAACCAAAAGAACAAGAUGUGAACAAGUGUUUUGGGUAACCUAUUCCUUUAAUGUUCAAACAAUGAAUGGAAUUCUGUCUAUUACUGAAUGUAUGAGAUUAUAUAUUUAUCUAUGUACACACUAUAAUCCUGUCUUUUUCAUUUGAUAAACAAGAGUUUGAA